AUGUCGUAUCCCAUCUUGACUUGCUCCAAUGCCGCACAGCUAUCAGAAUUCGUCGCUCAAAUGGUGCCAAAAAUCUGGACGGGAUCAUCAUUUACAACCACAGGCAGAUCAGCUUCAUUUCGUCUGUUUUGUCAGAAUAUCAUCAAAUCAACGCAAAUCUCUAGCCCAUGUAUACUCGUCGCAUUGCUCUACAUUUACAAGCUAAGAUUUGCCUAUCCAUCUAUACGAGGUUCUAUGGGAUCAGAAAUUCGACUCUUUACGACAGCGCUCAUCUUGGCCAACAAGUUCCUAGAUGACAAUACGUUUACCAACAAGACAUGGUCUGAGGUAUCCAGCGUGCCUCUGAAUGAGCUGAAUAUCAUGGAAGUGGAGUUUUUGUCAGCGCUGCACUACAAGACAUGCAUUCAUCAAGCUCAUUUCUUUUCAUGGACAGCACAAUGUCAGCAAUGGAUGUCUCAACUCAUGCACAGUAGACAGAUGCAUAGGAAAAUCAUGGAGAAAAAGAGAUCUACAAAUUACCAUCCUUACGGCAUAAAAUCUAAUUACAUCUAUUACGAUCAUCAACAGCAAAAGCCGCUACAGCCCUUUUACCGCCACCAUCACUCUUCAGCAGUUAUCACAGCAGCAGCACAAGCAUCGUCAGUUGCCACCAUGGCUGCUGCAACGGCCAUGAAUGUAGAUUAUUCCAAUUUCAUUCCAAGGGUCUAA